CUUCUCUUGGCAGCAAUGUCAUUUGACAGGUAUGUAGCCAUCUGCUGCCCCUUGUCUUACUCCACUACAAUGAGCAAUGGGCUUUGUAGCUCAUUAGUGCUUGGUUCUUGGGGGCUGAGUUUUGCACUUCUAAUUGGCCCAUCAAUUAUUAUCUUCCAGUUACCCUUUUGUAACCAAAACAUUAAUCAUUUCUUCUGUGACAGUGCACCUUUGCUAAAACUUUCCUGCACGGAAACACCUGUUCUAAAGUGGGUUAGCUUCUCACUAGCUGCUUUUUCUCUCCUGAGCACUCUCGUUAUCACAGUCAUGUCUUAUGCCAAUAUAAUUUCCACUAUAUUGCACAUUUCAUCUGCUUCAGGGAGGCAGAAAGCCUUUUCCACUUGUGCUUCUCACCUUAUUCUUGUCUCCAUCGCUUAUGGGAGUUGCAUUUUCAUGUAUGUUAAACCUGUACAGAUGGGUGGGCUUGACAUCAGCAAAGGGGUAGCAAUUCUCAACACGGUGGUAUUUCCUCUGCUCAGCCCGUUCGUCUUCAGUCUGAGGAACAGACAGGUUCAAGAAGCCUUGCAAAAG